UUGAUUCUUCGAGUACAUCUAUAACGGUGAAAUAUGUUGCGUAUCUCUCGUCAAAUUUUACAAAUCCAGAACGUAUCCAAGACAUGUGUGAGGACUAUGGCAAAGAAAAGAGAAUACACGAAGAAAACUAUGAGGAAAAUGAGAGAGGAAGGGUGGGUUUUUGACGAUAAAGGACAGCCUAAAAAGAGACUUACAGAUAUUAAAAUCCCUUCUAGAUUGAAUGUUAUUCUGUUGGAUGAGCACGAGAAGCUUGGAAAUGCAGGACAAAUGAUUUCUGUGAAAGCUGGAUACGCCAGGAAUGUUCUGGUACCUGAAGGAAUCGCUAUCUAUGCAACGGAGGAAAACAAGAAACGAUUUCUUAGCUUUGAUGCUGUGGACGACAGCCCUGAAACGCCUGUGUGUCCGAGAUUUUUAAAGUUUCUGCAAAGUACUCAAUUGAAAAUUCAACGAAAGGAGGGGAGCGAAUUUUUCGAGGUGAAUGAGCAUCAUAUAGCUUUGGAAUACGAAUCACAGUUUGAGCUGUUCGUGCCAGUACACUGUGUAAAACUAGAAGAGCCCAUAACAACAUUUGGAGACUUUGAGGUCAAUAUUGCAGUCAGGGAUAAUGUUCUAGUGCCUAUGAAAAUUACCGUGGAACAAUGGAGCCCUGAUUUGCCAGACUGGGUUGAAGCAGCCUUGAAAACUGAGAGUGAUGAAGAGGAGAAAGUGCAAGCUAAAGGCGACUGACAUUUGGGAAACACAAAAGGGAAACACUUUGAAUUAUGAAGCUUGAACACCCCCCCCCCCAUGGGCAUUUGACACUUAAGGCCCUCCUGGGGUGGGGAAUUUGAACCUUGGCUGUGUGGGGGGUGGUAUUCAAGUUUGAUAUGGAGAAACUAAAAUAAUUGGUUUAGUAACAGAAUGGUUUAGAAAGACAAUUGUUUCCAUUGAGAAUGAUUCUUAUUGGCCAAAAACCCAACAGCAGCAUUAAAACCACCAUGUAAUGUUGAUAAAUUCUACCACAUUUGUUGAUCACAAAUAAUCCCUCAUUAAAAAAUUGUGGUGGAGUAGGGCAUUUAAAUGCAAUUUUGGUCCAAGAGGAAAGGAGAGAGGGAUGUUGAAGUUUAGAAUUGAUUGAUGCACUCUCAUGGGCUUUUGACUUUUUAGACACAAUGCAAAGAAAGGUGCUGGGCUAGUUGUCCAGAUUCAAAUUUUGGACAUGAGCCAGAAGCUACAACAAGUAGAGGCUUAUACCUGAACCACUCCACACAUAAUAUGAAUUAACCCUUUCACCUUACAUGGAGAAUGUGUCUACCAAUCAAGAGCUUCUUGUGUUGGGCAUCAUUUCCCUUAAUCUCUAAUUCAACAGUGAAAAUUUAACAAAAAAGCUUUUCUAAGGGUUAUAUUGUUAAUAAA